AAGACAAAACCCACACUUAAACCUGCAUAAAAUCCAUCCUUUGGCUUUUACCAUCUUAAAAGUCCAUGGAGAACAGCUACAUCUUCAAUCCCUUUGUUAGCAGCCUCAUCUCUCGCCUCGCCUAUUCCGAGCCCUGCAUCGACUGGAAGGAGACACAGACGGCUCACAUAUUUCAAAUAGACCUGCCGGGCCUGAGCAAAGAGGACGUGAAGGUAGAGGUGGAGGACGACAGAGUCCUUCGCAUAAGCGGCGAGCGCAGGCUCGACAAGGAGGGGAAGGAUGAGGUAUGGCACGUUGCCAAGCGCGCAGGUCGAGGCGGCAAGUUUCUGAGGGAAUUGCUGCUGCCUGCAAAGGGUAGGGCCGAUGCGGUGAAGGCGAAGAUGGAGAACGGGGUGCUUACGGUGACUGUGCCUAAGGAGGAGGGAGAGAAGAAG